CUCUCAUAGAUGGAUGAUUGUAGAGGUGAUUCUCUUUAUCUCCCUCAGUCAGUUUGCUCCAGACACUGUAAUCAAUCUUUGUGUUCCAUUGGAUGUAGUUCUGCUUAUGCUACUGUCAAUGGACAAGGAGAAGAAGUUCAAAGGCCACACUCUCCUCCACCAAACAGUGUCUUUUCUCUUGAGAAAUUCUCUUCUCCCUACCUCCAUCUCCCUGGGACCUACUCACUGAGCUUUAACAUGGGGGAGGGUCUCCUUGGUAACGCCUCGACUGAUGUGUCUGUCACUUCUUACAUACUGGAGGGAGCAGCUGAUGGGAUUAAUGCUUACUAUUGGAUUAUGAGUCUUGAUGAUACUCUAUCUAUUGAUUAUUCUCAAUUGUGCAAGAAUCUCUCCAUCAGGUUUAUACCAGUCAACAGACAUGGGCCCUCUAAUAGCUUCUCUCAACCAACCACUCUUGAAGUAUAUGGAGGUAAGACAUGUACAGUACACAUAACAUCAAUGAAUUGUGGGUGUAUCUCCGUCACGACGAUGUUAACAAAUUGUUUGUGCAACAAUCAGCUCCAUUAUAUUACUGACUAUGAUCUCAUUUCUCCUAUAACCAACGGACGCUUUGUGGUUGAAGUACGUGCUACAGGUAGUCAAUAUGUCACUCGCCCUUCUUUACAAUACUUUGAUGCUAGAGGCCUCCCUCCUACUGUCCCAAGGAACGUUAAAGUCUCAAAACUGACGAUUAAAAGUAACGGGAAACUUAACAUUAUCAUGGACUGGUUCAAGGCAGAGGAGUUGUAUGGCACUGAUGGUUACUAUAAGGUACACAUUGGACUGAGUGAGAGGGUUGGUCCUGAUGAUACUGCCACUAAUGAUACUGUCUUCCUAUUGGACGCCAGCACCGUCUCUCAAAGAUCAAGUACUACUGUAAGUACUAGUUAA